CGGUCCUCGGAGCGCUCUUCGCCCCAAUACCAGCGCGAUUUGCAGCGAACGGCCGCGCGAAACGUUACGCGGACAACGUACUUGAACGCUUUCGCGAUACAAAACGUACUUGACGACGGGAUUUUAAACUGAAAACGGACAUUCGAUAUUUGAAAUUGUGAAUAAGAAACCGCGUUCGGAUAUUGCAGUGUUGCAAUUUUAAUGGACAUAUACGGCUAAGUUUUCAAAUGGACUCGGUAUUUGAAAUUUAAAACAUUAAAAUUGUUUUAAUUUGUGUAAAUUAAUUACUGUAAUCAAUCUUUAGACUUGUAAGUUACGUAACGAGUGCUAUGGUGCUAAAAGUGACAAUUAACGUGCUAUAAAAAUAAAAAGGUGUCAAACUAUCAUCGAAACACUUCGCUAUGGACAAUAAUUUAGAAAAAUUUGCAUAAACAAACUUCUAAUUAGCCAUUUUGAAUUCCAGCCAAUUAUCAAUGCAUAAACUCAAAACACAAAUCAAAUGACGUUAAAAAUGUUUAUAAUCGCGAUUCAAGCGUAAAAGUGAGAUGCAAUCGAGUAGAUGAAAUGAAGACUUCGCUCGUAUGUGAUCGGGCUGAAGCCGCGGAGAGCGGCGGUAAAGGGAGAAUAUCAUUUAGUGUUGACUCCCUGUUGGGCAGUAAAACAGAAGCACCUAAAGAAACUGUAGACACGAGUAGCGUUGACGCCGAGAGUGCAGUCGACAGCGAUGAUAGCGACGUUGAUAUUGAAGACGUCGAAUCCAAUGCUGGCGAUGAAAGAGACGAAAGGGAGAGUAAUAAUGAUGGAGAGGAAAUGGAAAGCAGAACCGGAGUUGUUGUUCCACAGCCGCUGUUGCCGCGGUUGUACCAAGGCCCAGCGCCGCCGGCGUGGCCUUUCGGAGCGUUUCCCUGGAUGGCACCGAACCCAAUGUUCAGAGCUGGAUCUCCAAACACGGGUGCUCCAAGUGGUCCUCCGGUGGUGCGUUGUCAGCUCCGCAAGCAUAAACCGAACCGCAAGCCGCGGACGCCCUUCACUACGCAGCAGCUACUGGCAUUGGAGAAGAAGUUUCGAGACAAACAGUAUCUUAGCAUCGCUGAAAGAGCCGAAUUCUCCUCAUCGUUGAGACUCACUGAGACACAGGUAAAAAUUUGGUUCCAAAACAGACGGGCCAAAGCGAAACGUUUGCAAGAAGCUGAAAUAGAAAAACUCAGGUUAUCCGCGAGGCCACUUCUCCCGCCAUCGUUCGCGCUCUUCGGAGGUGGGGGAGCACCGCCGCUGUUCGCAGCAAUGGCCGCCGCAACCAGACCGCAGCUAAGCUUCCUCGGAGGUCCACCGACACAUCAGCACGCGAUCAACAUGAACAUAUUGAAUUCAUUGCAGCCACAUUGACAGCAACAAAGCGCGGGAACGCGUUAUUACAAACAUCCGCCAUCUUAGAUGUAAUGUCACGUUUGUCAAAGAGUAAUCAUUCGAGACAGAUCGGAUAAAGAUAAGUCAGAUUUUAAUAAAACGUAUUUUGUGAUUUUAACAUCCAUAGAAGAAGAUAUCUUUUGUUUAGUAGUAAUAUAAUUAAAAAUAGAGUUGAAAAUUCGUACCAUUUCAUCAAGACUUAACUUAAGGAACUGAAACAUUCAUAAAUAAACUGUGCCAGAUUCUACAAGAACCUUUAAUCGACAUGUCUACUCUUCUAUAUGUCACAUCUAAUUGUUGUAUAUAACAUAUAUUAAAAAAGUAAAAGACGUAUUUUUUUUUUGAAGAGAAAUAAAAUUUUCCCUUUAAUUCGUGUGCAAUUCAUCUAAGAAUAUUUUCCCACAGAUGGUAAAAUUAGUAAAAAAGUAUUUGUAAAAUUACUGUUUAAAAAAUCAAAUUAUGUCUGCAAUUCCUAAUUUAAACUUUAAAAAUAUUUGUCAUAAUCUGUAUGCUCAAAUCUAUCUCAAAACUUAUCUUAUUAUAAAUUCAAAUAAAAUGCUAUAACGUGCAUACUAUUAUAUCAUAAAUUACUUACAAAAUUGCUAAAAGUCAAAGAGUGUAUAGAAUUAUUAAAGAUCUAAUUUAACAAAAUAAAUGUCUAGUGUAUGCAUAUUCAGAAGAAAAAAAUACAAAUCUUUUUAUAAUUUAAAAAUGUUGAAACGCAAAUUGUUUUUAAUUUUUACGACUUCGUAAUAUGAUUUAACACAGGCAAGUUCUUUUAUUAUAUUUUUUUAAUAGCUCAAUGUUUUAUCGUUUGCAAUAAACGUUAAAAGCUAUUAUUAAUUAGGAAAAUGUAUUUUUAAUUAUAAUUUCGAACGAUUCAUUUAAUUCCACUUCUAUAAUUAAAAUGAGAAUUGGAACAGAACUCUAUUUCAUUUCAAAUAUGUUAUGAAAUAAAUCGAAAUUUCCGUUACUUUUCGUACAGAAAAAAAUCACUUUUUAUAUUUCGGUUGCAAAAGUCAGCAGUAUUUUAUUUAUAUAAAACUAAUAUGUAUUUACACAGUUCAAUAUGUCCUAUAUUACAUAAGAAUAGGAAUGUAAAUAUAUCAUUUAAUUUAUUGUAUACGUAAGAAUAGAAUAAGUGGAUUAAGCUAUAAUAGAUUUUUUAUUAUAAUUAUUAUGUGUAAAUUGUAACAUCCUGUAACUUAGGCAUUGGUUGGAAUUAGAUUGUUUUGAUUCAUCUAAUUUUAAAGGACAGACUGUAUAUUUGAAAAUAAAUUAAUUUAAACA